AAACUUUGGAAGAAAUUGUGCCAUCGUGGUUCUGUCUCUCUUUUUUUUUGUUAUUAAAUUGACUUGUGCUCCCUCUUCGACAAUGAAUCCUCUUUCUCUCCUUCUCUCCCCCCAACCUCUCCAAAAAACAACAGAUUCUCCAAAAUGUCUUCUCCUACCGUCAAGCUGAGCAGCGGCUACGAAAUGCCCCUCGUGGGCUUCGGCCUGUGGAAGGUCAACAACGACACCUGCGCUGACCAGGUUUACAAUGCCAUCAAGGCUGGCUACCGUCUGUUCGAUGGCGCCUGUGACUACGGCAACGAGGUCGAGGUUGGCCAGGGUGUCGCCCGCGCCAUCAAGGAUGGCCUCGUCAAGCGCGAGGACCUCUUCCUCGUCUCUAAGCUGUGGAACAGCUUCCACGACGGCGAGCAGGUCGAGCCCAUCGCUCGCAAGCAGCUGGCCGAUCUGGGCAUCGACUACUUCGACCUGUACAUCGUGCACUUCCCCGUCUCCUUGGAGUACGUUCCCCCCAGCGUGCGCUACCCUCCCAGCUGGCAAAACUCCGAGGGCGAGAUCAAGCUCGGCAAGGCCACCAUCCAGGAGACCUGGACCGCCAUGGAGUCGCUGGUCGACAAGAAGCUGGCCCGCAGCAUCGGUGUCAGCAACUUCAGCCCCCAGCUCCUGAUGGAUCUGCUGCGCUAUGCCCGCAUCCGCCCGGCCACCCUCCAGAUCGAGCACCACCCCUACCUCACCCAGAAGUCGCUGGUCAACUACGCCCAGCAGGAGGGCCUCACCGUCACCGCAUACUCUUCUUUCGGUCCCCUGAGCUUCAUCGAGCUCGAGGUGAAGAAUGCCCAGGAUACCCCCCGUCUGUUCGACCACGCUGCCGUCACUACCCUCGCCUCCAAGUACAACCGCACCCCGGCUCAGGUGCUGCUCCGCUGGGCUACUCAGCGUGGCAUUGCCGUCAUCCCCAAGAGCAACGACCCCACUCGCUUGGCUCAGAACCUGCAGGUCACUGACUUUGACCUGGAGGCUGGUGAGAUUGAGUCUAUCAGCGCGCUGAACCAGAACCUGCGCUUCAACGAUCCUCUUAACUACGGUCUGAACAUUACCAUCUUCUAAGCUAGAUGCAGGUUGGAGUGAACGUUAUGAGGAUGCACAAUCUCGACACAUAUGUAUAUACCUUGACGAGACCCGACUUCAUGACCUCGGGGACUCAUGUGUCAUACGAAAUGAAUGAAAUAGAUCAACUGGAU